GCUGUCAUGGCGGGGUUGCUAAAGAAGACCACUGGCCUUGUGGGAUUGGCUGUAUGUGACAGUCCACACGAGAGACUAAGAAUAUUAUACACAAAGAUCCUUGACAUUAUUGAGCAAAUCCCUAAAAAUGCUGCAUAUAGAAAGUAUACAGAAGAGAUUACAAAUGAGAAGCUGAAUAUGGUUAAUGCAGAACCAGAUAUUAAAAAAUUAGAAGACCAACUUCAGGGUGGACAAAUUGAAGAAGUAAUUUUUCAGGCUGAAAAUGAACUAAGUCUGGCAAGAAAAAUGCUACAGUGGAAACCAUGGGAGCCUUUAGUGGAAGAACCACCUGCCAAUCAGUGGAAAUGGCCAAUAUAA